AUGAUUAUGGAUUUUCUGAGCGAGAAGUUUGCCCUGAAAAACCAGCCGAGUAAAAACAGUGACUUUUACAUGGGAGCAGGAGGCACUUUGGAGCACGUUAUGGAAACUUUAGACAAUGAGACCUUUUACAGCAAAACCUCCGCCAGCAAAUGUGUGCAGGCCUUCAAUCCUCUCCAAAGGGCAGAGCAUCAUGUGAGACUGGACAGGACAUCUCCCUGUCAGGAGAAUAAUGUGAACUAUGGGAUUACUAAAGUUGAAGGACAGCCUCUUCACACAGAGCUAAAUAGAGCCAUGGACAACUGUAACAACCUCAGAAUGUCUCCAGUCAAAGGGAUGCAGGAAAAGGGAGAAUUGGAUGAACUUGGUGAUAAAUGUGACAGCAACGUGUCCAGCAGCAAGAAGAGGAGACAUAGAACCACCUUUACCAGUUUGCAGCUGGAAGAACUGGAAAAAGUUUUCCAGAAAACACAUUAUCCUGAUGUGUAUGUCAGAGAACAGCUUGCUCUGAGGACAGAACUGACUGAAGCAAGAGUCCAGGUUUGGUUUCAAAAUCGAAGAGCGAAAUGGAGAAAAAGGGAACGUUAUGGCCAGAUACAACAAGCUAAAAGUCAUUUUGCUGCCACCUAUGAUAUAUCUGUCUUACCACGGACUGACAGCUACCCACAGAUUCAAAACAAUAUGUGGGCAGGAAAUGCAACCAGUGGCUCUGUGGUUACCUCCUGCAUGUUGCCACGUGAUACUUCUUCCUGCAUGACACCAUAUUCUCACUCGCCUCGGACAGAUUCCGGUUACACGGGGUUUUCAAACCACCAGAAUCAGUUUGGCCAUGUGCCACUCAACAAUUUUUUCACUGACUCUCUCCUCUCUGGGGCCACCAAUGGACAUGCAUUCGAAACAAAGCCAGAAUUUGAAAGGAGGUCUUCCAGUAUCGCAGUCCUUCGAAUGAAGGCCAAAGAGCACACUGCCAAUAUUUCAUGGGCCAUGUAA